AUGGCAGCUGGAACCCCCAAGAUCAAGCUCUACACCCACCCCCUCAGCCCGUGGUCUCACCGCGUGCACAUUGCACUCGACGCGCUAGAGGUGCCAUAUGAGCAGGAGAUCGUUGAUAUCACCAAGCCUCGAACCCCGGAGUACUUGGAGGUGAAUCCCCGCGGGCUAGUUCCUGCGCUCAGUUAUGAUGGGAAGAUUCUCACCGAGUCCACCGUCAUAGCCACCUUUUUGGCAGAUACCUUCCCCUCAAAGCUGCUCCCACCUUCUACCAAUCCAAAUGGGCCCCUCACCCGUGCCAAGAUCUCAUUCUUCGUUGACACCUACCUCAACCGGGUACAGCCCUUCUUCAUGAAGGCCCAACGCUCCAAGUCUGCCGAGGAUCGGGCAAGCGGCCUCGCGGAAUUCGUCAGCGCAGCUGCCAAAGAGCUCGAUCCCCUACUCUCUGAUGCAGCCCCAUUCUUUGGUGGCUCUAGCGAGCCCACGCUGGCAGAGGUAUUGACGGGAUCCUUCAUCAUUCGGGCUUACAUUUUGCCCAAGCAUGGCUUGCUGCCGGAAACCCUCCUAAGCGACUUGGCUGCGCAGGCGCCUAACUUUGACAAAUGGGCGAACGAACUUAUUACGCACCCAAGUGUAAAUGGAGGGAUUUGGGAUGAGGAGAAAAUUGUAGCCAAUAUUAGAAGACGGCUAUCAGGACAAGCUUAG